GGCUCCGGGCCUCGGGGUCGUGCGCCUCGCAGCCCCGGUGCUCCCGGAGCGCCGUCCGGGGCUGGGUGGCUGGCCGCGGGAGCGGGGCCUUGCGUUCUGUCGUGGACAGGGCCGGCCUGGGUGCGUGUGCGUGUCUGCGUGUCGGAGUGGGGUCUGCGGCGCUCGUGCUUAUUGCUUGGGUGAUUACAAGCCGCGUCUCCCGUGUGAGUCCUCGAGAUGUCCCGGGGAAUUCUGCCGGCACGCGAACCUGCGCUGCCGGACGACUGCACGCUGGAUGCCGUUGUGGAGCCUGCAAGGUGUGGAGGGCCGGAGAGGGGGAGCAACCUGACAGCGCUCCCCCAGGCGGGCCGCAAGCACCGCCCGCCCGGAAGCUCCGGGAGAUGCGGGUUCUGACCACCCCUGAGCAGCGCGUGAGGCCUCUGGACACGCGCGGUGUGUUCCCUGAGCUCACGGAGGGAAGCGGAGACGAGAGCAGGGAAACCGUCCCGCUGGUGCAGCUCUUGUGUGGGUUUCAGUCCCCAGCCAGAGGACAGGCCUAGCGGUUGCCUCCCAGCUCCCCCCGCCCCGAGGGGUCCCCUCCCGUCCCCGGGACGGCUGCGGGGUCCUGGCCUGCCCCACUGUCCAGCGCUGCCUGCCCCUACGGAUGUAGAGGUUCUCGUCCCACAGAAGGGUGUUGGCGGUUGGCCUCUCUGGCUUCUUUCAGGAGCAGAGAUGUCAGUCUGGGCUGCUGGACACUAGCCUUCUGAUGUAAUUGGACGUUGUUUGGGGAACAUUGAGAGGUAGUGCACUUAGUUCAUCCAGGGCUGGUGUCACUUCACCUGCUGUCAUUGGUCCUUCUCCUCUGUGGUGAAGAGGAGGGUGGAAGCUGAGGUGUUCGUGGCCAGCGUGGGGCCGCAGGGAUGGGAGGAAAGAGGCUGAGAUGGCCGUCCCGCGAGUCCCCUGUGAGGGCUCCUGGGCAUCAUGCCUGCCCAGCGUGGACUUUCCUGGAGUCUUCUGUCACAUGGAGACCUCCCAGACCCCAACGGGUCAUGAAGGACCCAGCAGGGCCCGGGGAUGUGUGUGGUUUCCUCUGGCCUCCCCUCAGCCGAACAGUCACUCACCACUGUACGCAGCAGGCCCCUCACAGCCCAGGUCGCUGCCACACCUGGCACAGGUGCACUUUGUGCUUUCGUUUCAAUCCUGGGAACACGUUGACCAAGCCCUCGAUCUUUGGCUGGAACGAGUGGCAUCAGCAGUUCAUGGACACUGGCUUCUGGGACUUCCGAGGGUGAACAUACCGUCUGUUUCUUUUUGACCACACCCAAACUUUGUUUUUUCAGUUUUUAAAAGAAGUCUAAACUGUUACUUUCUGUUUUUGCCGUACAUUGGGUGUAGCUGAGAAACGUGUGCAGACGGCUUGACGAGGAGGAGGAAGGAAGGGAGCAUUGUGGUGUGAUUGGGAGUGGAAGUGGAUGACCCUCCCAUGUCCAAGAGGAAGGGUGUCGUCGUGAGGGGUCAGCCCCCACGUCCCGAUGGCAGUGGUGAGAACAGGCCGUGUGCUCUGCUGUUUUGACGGAGGCCGUCUUGGGCGUGGUGCCAGGAGCUGAAGACCAGGAGUGGACGGCUAGAGAAGCCCCACGUUUGUGCCUGUUGGAUGUCGGGACCAAGGCCUGUUGUCCUGAGUGGACCGUCAGGGGCUGGGAAGAGCACCCUGCUCAAGAGACUCCUGCAGGAGCACGGCAGUGUCUUUGGCUUCAGCGUGUCCCACACCACGAGGGACCCGCGGCCUGGAGAAGAGAAUGGCAAAGAUUACUACUUCGUGACCAGGGAGGUGAUGCAGCAGGACAUCGCCGCGGGUGACUUCAUUGAGCACGCCGAGUUCUCGGGGAACCUGUAUGGGACUAGCAAAGCCGCUGUGCGGGCCGUGCAGGCCAUGAACCGCAUCUGUGUGCUGGACGUGGACCUGCAGGGCGUGCGUAACAUCAAGAAGACGGACCUGCGGCCCAUCUACAUCUUUGUGCAGCCGCCCUCGCUGGAAGUCCUGGAGCAGCGGCUGCGGCAGCGCAACACGGAGACGGAGGAGAGCCUGGCCAAGCGGCUGGCUGCUGCUCGGGUUGACAUGGAGAGCAGCAAGGAGCAGGGCCUGUUUGACUUGGUCAUCAUCAACGACAACCUGGAUAUGGCCUAUCGGGCCCUGGAGGAGGCGCUGGCCGAGGAAAUCAAGAAGGCUCGAAGGACCAGCCACUCCUGAGAAGGACUGCCAGCUGUGUCCUCCCUGGCGGGGACUCCGCUUGCCUCGGCUAGUGCCCAGACUGCCACGGCUGGAGGACCCUGGCCUCCCCUUCCCCCCUCUGCCAUGGGAGCUGGGCCAGUGUCCUAAUAAAGAACUGCUGGGUAACAGUGUG